UUCUCGCUGCUCUGAAUCCUCUGAUUGCUGGUGGAGUCAACCAAUGGCGCGUUCGUCCUCCCCUCUUUAAAAUCGGCACGACAGAGCACAAGCCACGCUCUCUCCCUCCCUGUUGCUGCGGGGAAGAAGGAAGGAGGGAAGAAGUGGUGAGCAGGGCCCUGGGAAGUUCUGCAACUCCUCUGCAGAUGAUGAAGAGGAAGACGAGUGGGUCGUCGUGUUGAUGAUGAUGAUGCACGGGCACGGAGGUGGGAGGGUAGGGGCAGCAGGGAAGGAAGUCGUCAACCUCUUGUGGGUCAACCCGGAGGGCGGCAGCGGCGAGCGGGAUGGCGUCCGGGAUGACUCGACGGACGGCGGCCUCGAUAUGGGGUUCGGCAGAGGAACGCAGCAACAGCUCGGCCUCGACGAAUUCAGGAUCGAUGAUAGGUGGCUCGUGGAGCCGAGCAUGCUCUACUUAGGCCCCAAGAUCGGCAAGGGCGGUCAUGCCAAGGUCUACCAGGGCCUGUACAAGAAGGCUAUCGUGGCGGUGAAGAUAAUACAGCCGGGGGGGGCGGCGGCAGAAUUGGCGAGGAGGAGGGAGCGGUUCUUGCGGGAGAUUUCGAUGCUUUCCCGGGUCCAGCAUGAUAACUUAGUGACUUUUAUAGGUGCUUGCAUUGAGAACAAUAUGGUGAUCGUGACAGAGCUUUUACCUGGCGGUUCUCUUCGGAAAUAUUUGACAUCCUUGCGGCCGGGGCGCUUGGAUUUACGUCUUGCAAUCAGUUUUGCUUUGGACAUUGCUCGGGCAAUGGAAUGCUUGCACGCAAAUGGAAUUAUCCACCGUGACCUGAAGCCUGAUAAUCUGCUUCUGACCGAGGACUGUAAGAAGGUCAAACUGGCUGACUUUGGAUUAGCGAGAGAGGAGACAUUGACCGAAAUGAUGACGGCAGAAACUGGCACAUAUCGAUGGAUGGCUCCUGAGCUUUAUAGCACCGUCACGCUUCGUCGAGGGGACAAGAAGCACUAUAAUAACAAGGUUGAUGUAUAUAGUUUUUCUAUCGUUUUGUGGGAAUUGAUAACCAACCGCUUACCUUUUGAAGGUAUGUCCAAUCUUCAGGCUGCUUAUGCUGCGGCGUUUAAGAAAGUGCGACCCGAUAUAGGAAAUAUCCCAAAAGAACUUGUUCCUGUCCUGGAGUGCUGUUGGGCAGAAGAUCCGAACAGUCGCCCAGGGUUUCAGCAAGUCAUUGGCAUGCUAUCUGACUUCCGCACAUCUCUUUGUCCUCUCGAGACCACGCCGCCCCCCACCAUAGUAAUUGGAGGGAGCAGUUAUGUGCCAACGGAUUCCCCCGGUACACGCCAUUUGAUGGAUAAAUCACAAGAGAAUGACAGUACUGUGAUGAAUCCAGAGAAGUCCUCCCCAUCUUUUGGGUGCUUCCAUGAGUGCUUUCCUUAGCAAGCAGAGGGGCCUUCUUAAGGAAGAUUUCCAAAAAACUUCUGCUACACAGCCAGUCCUUUGCCUGGACGAACAGAUUGAAGAGCCAUAAAGAAUACAGUUCCACGGUGACCGAGGCAGAAACUGGCAGGCAGGUGUUGCAGAACAAGGUCCAAAGAACCAUCCUGCAAUGUACAGAGAUGAAAUACCGGGAAAAAAAUUCUUUUGG